GGGGAUCGCAGAAAGCACCCCCGGCGCCCGGCGCGCGGGAGGCACUGUCCGCCACCGGGGCUUUGUGACGUCGUCGCCGCCUCACCUGGCCGCGGGCGCGUCCUGGCCGCCGCCGCCGCCGCCAUGGUGUCCCCGGUCACUGUGGGCCAAGAAUGGAUACCAGUAGCAGGAACAGUGGAGCCCUUUCUCUUCCUAAUCAAUUAAGCCUCAGGGUGAAGAGUGAGGGACCCAAGCUGGUGCCCUUCUUCAAGGCCACCUGUGUGUACUUUGUGCUCUGGCUGCCCUCGUCCAACCCGUCAUGGGUCAGCGCCCUCAUCAAGUGCCUGCCCAUCUUCUGCCUCUGGCUCUUCCUUCUGGCCCAUGGCCUAGGAUUCCUGCUGGCCCACCCCAGCGCCACCCGCAUCUUUGUGGGGCUCGUCUUCUCUGCUCUAGGUGAUGCCUUCCUCAUCUGGCAGGACCAGGGAUACUUUGCGCACGGUCUGCUGAUGUUUGCUGUGACCCACAUGUUCUACGCCUCAGCCUUUGGCAUGCGGCCAUUGGCUCUUCGGACAGGUCUGGUGAUGGCAGUACUGUCGGGCCUGUGCUAUGCCCUCCUCUACCCAUGCCUCACGGGUGCCUUCACCUACCUGGUGGGGGUCUAUAUGGCCCUUAUCAGCUUCAUGGGCUGGCGGGCUGUGGCAGGGCUACAGCUGGUUGGGGCCACCUGGCGCUGGACUGAGCUGGCGGCAGGCAGUGGUGCCCUGCUCUUUAUUGUCUCAGACCUGACCAUCGCCCUCAACAAGUUCUGCUUUCCUGUGCCCUACUCGCGGGCACUCAUCAUGUCCACCUACUAUGCCGCCCAGAUGUUCAUCGCCCUGUCAGCUGUCGAGAGCCGGGAGCCAAUGGAAGACUACAGACUGAGCAAGUCCAAAUGAGGGGCCAGGUUCUGGUCACCCCUCUCUUCUCCUGGGGCUGGGGUCCAGAACCUGGGAACCUGCAAGAGCUGGAUCAGGAUGGCUGCAACACCAGCCUGGGGCAGCAGGUACCAUCUGUGAAAUGUACAAGUUUGAGGGGAUAGGCAGGAAAAGGAUCUUUCUAGCAAAGCUAGUGGUCCAGGACAAUGCUGAGAACUAAUGAGAGCCAGCCUAAUGCUCCUUGCUGGAGCCAGAAGAAGAUAUCGCCCCACCUCUACCCCAUCCGGACUGUCAGAGCCCCUCUGAAGGGCCAUGGUGCUCUGCCUCUUGUCCUCCCCCACUUCUACUAGAUGGAAGAGUCUGACUCAGGCUCUUCUAGUCUUUCUGAUUUGCACAGAGUUGAGGGAGGAGGGGAAGAGUCUGUGCUGAGAUGCCCCAUGUCCAGGGCUAGAAGCCCCUUUUACCGGCCCCUAGUUGGGAAGAUUGGAUGAGGGUGGAGUCUCCCUUUCCCGCAUCUAUCCUUGUUACUUGAACAAUCUUAAUCUCUAAGUGUUGGGUGGGAAGGUGAAGGGGUAUCUAUCCAGGUUGGCAAGACUGGGGACUACUUUGGCCUGGGAGUUUGGGGUACCGGGGAUUCAAGUUGGUCCCAUCUCUCAAAGGCCAUCCCAGAGCUCAGGCCCCACACCACCACCCUCAGACCCUAUCCCCAGGGCUAGGGUGAACCAUGCCAAAGGAAGGGGCCAGCCUGUGUGUGUGUCUAUGUUAGUCUUGUGUGUAUGGACUGUCUCCCAGCCUAUGUCUUACUCUGCCAGCUGUCUCUGACCUGCUGUGUGUCAAAGUCUUAAAGGGAGAGGGCCUCAGGGAGUUGCUGAGGGGGUGCUGAGCCUAGCUCAGAGAGCUGGGACAUCCCCCACAUACACACCCACUCUCAGUUCUUUCCUCCUUGUCCCUCCUGCACUGGGAGCAAGAGGAGGGGGUUCCAAUGAUACUCUAGGGUCCUAAGACCCGAGGCACAUUCAAUGCAAGAGGAGCAAGGAUGGGACAACUCUAUCCUAUUGCUCAUGUGAAAAAAAUAAAUGAAUAAAAACCAAGGGCCAUUGGCUGCCUUGCUUGUCUGCCUGUGUGGCACGUGCCUGUCCUGGAGAGGUGGGGGUGGGGGCAUGGCGCCAGGGGCCCUGGAUGUCCUCACAGCCUGGGUCAUGGUCCUGGCUAGUGCAUCUUGGCGCCAGGCUGGCUCCCUCGCUCUGGUGACACUGUGCUGGUUGGAGUGGGUUUCACUUCCUGGUCACGUGUGUGGGUGGGGAUGUAGUUCAAGAAGAUGGAGGAUGGGUAGUAUUUGCCACAGUCCAAACUUGUCCUUGAUGCACUCCCCUGUGCACAGGUGCCCAGCACCUUUGGUGAUUCCUCGUUACCCAGUGUCCUCUACUGCUACCCACCUCCUCCCAUCCCCACCCCAGACCUUCUGCUUGCUCCACAAUGAUCCAGUUCCCUUCAAGCAUCUCUUUUCUUCCUGGAUUCUGGGCUCAGUUGAACAGCUAGGAGGAAUUA